AUGCCAGAACCCUCCCUCCAUACCACAGGCGAAAGACACAAACCUAAACCCCGAGUGACCACCGGUGACACUAAACCACAAACACACAACACCACGUCCACAGCCAUCUCCACCUCCUUCCUUCCUUCCCCUCUUCCUUCCUCCCCCACCACCCCCUCCAACCGCCUAUUUAGCACACUACCCGCUCCUCUUCAUCCCCCCGUCAACCACCUCUUCCCUCUACCACUAAAAAACACAAGGAAACCCACAAAAAAAAAAAAAUGACGCCUAAUCGCUACCUAUACCUCUACACCACCCCCGAUGACCCACCAAACUGGCUCCUAGGCACACAGAUCUACCAAGCUAUCGGACAAAUCUUCGAGUACCUGUUGGAAAGAGCGGAGGGCGCCACAGUGAUCCUCAUCUUGUCCAUCCUCGCCCUAGGCAUCUGGAAGCAGGAGAUGUGCGUCGUCCUCAUUGUCGGGAUCGUGGCGGUCUGCUUCCGAGAGUGGACCUUCGUCUUCACGUUCAUCAUUCAAAUGAGCUUUAUAAUACUGGCCGUGGCCGGUAUCGUGAAUUUGGUGCUUUGGAAGUUGUUCCUGAAGGGUGUUUGGGAGCAGGUUUGUCAUGGGAGACGGGCCAUUGGCUCAUUCAUCAGUGAGGCGCCUGGGCGGACUUUCGGAGCUCUGGCUGGCCGGUACGGCUGGUAUGACAUUGGGUUGGUGGCUACCCGCCCGCUUGGCUGCGUGGAAUAUAUCGGGCUCCGGAUCACACACCUGUGCGAGUUGUCGGUGACUUACUGGAAAUGGGUAUCUGAGCACCGGGUUUUAGCUUGGGCGCAGACCCCGAUUUCCUACUUCAGC